AUGGCGUAUGUCAACAUUCCCAGAGACAAGGAGGACCCCAACUACCGCUACAAGAUGCCGAAACUGCUUUCUAAGAUAGAGGGCAGGGGCAACGGCAUCAGGACCAAUGUGUACAAUAUGGGGGAAAUCGCUAGGGCCUUAAAGAGGCCCCCUAUGUACCCUACCAAGUUCUUUGGAUGCGAGCUUGGCGCGAUGGUGAAGUUUGAAGAAAACGAAGAAAAGGCGCUCAUCAAUGGCGCACACACAGAACAGGACCUCGUGGCUAUUCUGGAUAAGUUUAUCCAAAUGUACGUGUUAUGCGAGGGAUGCGAAUUGCCCGAGAUUGAUAUCAUGGUGAAGAAGGGGGUAUUGCUGUGCAAGUGCAAUGCGUGCGGAUACUCUGGAACACUUGAUAAUACCCACAAGGCGGCGACGUACAUGGCGAAGAACCCUCCGAAUGCCACUGACACCACGCUGGGGAAGAAGAAGAAAACCAAAGAAGAGCGAAGAGCUGAGAAGCUCGCCAAGGAGGAGGAGAAGCCUGAGAAAUCCAGCAAGGAGAAGAAGUCUAAGGACAAGGAGAAGAAGAAGAAAAAGAAGGGCGACGAAGAGAAUGAUGGCGACAGCCUAAAUGGAAAGAGUCUGGAUCAGUCGGGCGAUGCAACACCGACGAAUGAUGGUGAUGACAGCUGGGAUGAUGAAAAGAUUUCUGAGGGCGAAAAAAAGGCUGAAAAAUCGGAGAAGAAGAAGAAGGAAAAGAAGCACGGAAGUAGCACGGACGUUUCGAAGCUAGUUUCGAAGGAGUCUCUGACUAUCAGCUGCCCAGAGAUAGCCGAUGUUUCAGCACGACUGAGAAACAUGGUGGCCUCCUCGGCCUCUGUGACUCCUGAUGCUUUUUUCGUGGAACUCAGAAUGCUGCAGGUGUCUCAGGAUUUUGACGCUAAGUGUCGGAUGUACGUUGUGUUCAAUGCCUUAUUUAAGGACGGGCUGACUCCGGAGGCCCUGGAGCAGAAGAUGCCCUUCGUGGCGAAAUGUUGCGACUCCUCCGUGCGGGCGUCAGACCUCAUUUCUGCUCUGGAAAACUUUUGUUUCGAAAGCGAGCAAACCUCAAUGACCGGCUACCCGUAUUUGCUGCAGCGCAUGUACAACGCCGAGCUUCUGGAGCCCGAGGAUAUUUUGGAGUAUUACGCCGCAGAGAAGCCAGACGCGAUUUUCGAGAAGUGCAAGACGUAUGCCGAGCCGUUCCUCAAAUGGCUAGCGGAGGCGGACUCCAGUGAGGAAGAGUAA